AUGGCGUCUCUUCCACCAGAGAUAUGGCGCCAAGUAGCUUCAUACAUCGCACCCGAAUUACUACAACAUCUCUAUUCGCUCAACAAAGCUUUUUUCGACGCUGCGAUGGAUGUGCGAUACCGCGAGGUGAGGUUAGACUCGGAGUGUUUGGGCGAAGGUGAAGGGGAGAGGGUGCUCGAUAGACUCGGAUCUCCAACAGUGUCGUCUCGAGUCAGGCGCUUAUAUUUAUCGUCGCACGACCAAGUCGAAGAUGGACAAAGUCCGCACGAAAACGAGAGCCAGCGGUCAAAAUCUCUCAUAAAAUCUCUCGCUCGUCGUGCUUUUGGCUCGCGGCAGCAUCAAGUCACCCGCGUCGCCUCCAAUGACACUACCACCCAACUGCGCGAAAAGUUGGAAAGGGCGAUACCCCUCCUCACCAACGUGCGCGCGUUUCAUCUCUCCUGGACAUCCUCCAAAGACCAUGCUUCCCCUUAUCUCGACAUCGCAUGGAAAACAUUCGCAUUGACACUCACCGAGCUGCAUCUAACCAUCACAACCACCAAAGCGCUCGCCCUCUUCCCCCUCCCCCUCCCCUUCCCCUCCCUCCAAAUCCUCCACAUCCACAUUCUAGGACGCACGUCAAUUGCACCGUGUCAAGCGGUACUUGCAGCCUUUGUCAACACACUCCAUGCAACACUCCAAUCCCUCUCUAUACGCUCGACGCCUGUUCGAAAUUUAUCGGAUUUUUAUCUUGGAUUAGGACAUUUUAAUUAUCUUUCCGCGUUGGACGUGGACAUUUCCACGGACGCUACGUUCAAAUCUUCGGUUGUCCCGGGCUACACAGCGUUUAUAGACCAGCAACGACAAGUGACUGAAGAAUUAACGCUCUACAUCCCCCCCGACCAGUCAACGACCUGGCGUCUCGAAGAACCACGUCUAUCAAAACUGGAGAAACUGACGAUCGCAGCAGGGCUGGUGGACAACAACUGGGACCAAUGUACACGGUUCAUGAAGCGCCAUAUGAAGAAACUAGCCAGUUUCAGCACGGACGGGCGCAUAUAUCCUGCGCGGCUCGCUUCGUUUCUUGAAGUCUUUCAUCAUAGGAAUCCGUAUUCGGUGCUCUGCACGCUCUCCUUUUCUGCGGCGAGUUUGGAUGUUAGGUUGAUGGACCUGCUGGCGAAUGGUCUUUUUCGGUUACGCAGUUUGACAUUGUUGAUUGAUUCUGUUGCAGUGCAUGCGAAAUGCACUGUUAUUCCAAGCGAAUUCUACCCUCGCGGAUCGCCAGCCGACCCGCCAUUACCCUUCAUUCGCGGUCUACGCGCCUGCGACGCGCUCAAAAAGUGGGAGUUGGAGGAUAUCACCAUAAAACGCCAUUCAUGCUGCGGUGAACUCAUUUUAUGGGGCUUGAUGGAGGUUUGCGCGGGGGUUGUACCGUCUAUUAAAAGUUUUGUGGGGGUGGAGAGUUUGAGUGUGCCUGUUCCGUCGAAUGUUCCGCCGAAGCGGUGUGUGGGUAGGGGAUUUGGUGCGAGUGAAGCAGAAGCUCUGCUCGGGCUGUCGUUCAAAUUUUCAUCUUGCAUGUUGAGACACAAGAAGAGAAGAGAGUUGGCGGCUACGAGAGAGGAGCACUGGCAGGCCCGGCAGGAACUUUGGAAGAAUGAUAUGUCGUAUUUAAACUCCAGGACAGAUAUAGCAUCGGAAAAGUCUGGACAAGCACCCAUACCCGUAUCGAGAGAAAUCGAUUCCAUGCAAUCUCCUUACCUCCCAUGGUCAGAUAGGAAAUCUAUAAGCAAAGAUCCCAACUCACAAGACUCACAAACUUACACUCAACUCGCUCAUGCGAUCGUGCGUUUCCUCGGUCUCGAGUCACAGGAAGAGCUAGCAGAAUACAACCUCAAUAACGCCGGGGAGCUAGUGGAUCUCAUUUCCAGGUUCACCACUAAUACUUUCACGGUGUCUACCCCGGCACUGGCGCCUUUGGGCGCAUGUGUCUCGCCAUUGGUAGCACUGAUAAAUCACUCUUGCGAUCCUAACGCAGUGGUUGUAUUUCCUCGGGCAACUUCAAGGAGGGAGGACGAACCCCUGAUGCAGGUUAUCGCGUUGAAACACAUUGCGCCUGACGAGGAGGUGUUGACAGCGUAUAUCGACACCACCCUUCCACGGGAGCAUCGAAAGAAAAUUCUAAAUGAGACAUAUCACUUCACGUGCAGAUGCCCUCUGUGUGCUCCACCACCACCAGCCGCGAAUAGUAGUGCUCUGGACAUGCGAGAAGCGAUGUGGUGCCCCAAGAAAUGCGGUGGGAUGUGUCCGUUACCAACAGAAGAGAAGAGUUUGACGAGGUGUAAUAGAUGUAAAACGCCUGUCAAGGACACGGACGCCGUUCUUGACGCUGUACGCGUUGGCCAGGAAGCGUUGCAUAAAGCUGAAGCACUCCAGUUUACCAAUCCAACGAAGUCCAUUCAGCUGACGACGAAACUGGUUCCUAUUUUAGUAUCCGUCGGACUCGUACCGGCGGCGUACCCGCUCCUCGCUCUAUGCCGACUAUGCGCGUCAUUGCUCAUUUCGCACCUCUCACCUGCCACCAGCGAUGUUGAGGAAGUUCUUUCACCAGAACUACAAUCCUCCUCCUCCUCCUCCUCCUCCUCCUUACCAGCGGAUCCGAUGAACAAACGCACUGAUCCUCGUACACCAGAAGAACAACAAGAAGCGCUGGACGACGCAAUUCGCGCAGCGACGCGCGCGAGCUCUGGGCUUUCGCUGAUUUUGGCAGAGGGACUCCCGGUACGAGGGGUCGCGCUGGCGGAGCUUGGAAAACUUUUGGCGGUGCAUGAGCCGUGUCCUGCGGGCGUUGAGCCGGGUUCGCAAGGUGUCUCGUCACCUGGCGCUCCAGCAAUUUCUCCAUCUCCACCUUCGCCUUUGCCUUUGCCUUCACCCUCACCUUCUCCUUCACCAUUGACGAUGCACCCACACCCACACCUAAACUCCACACCCACACCUAAAACCCACACCCACACCCACACCCUACCCACCCUCCGGCCCACCCUCCGGCCCACCCCGCCUCAAACUCGCCUACGAAACGCUCGUGCGCGCGCGGGCUGA